UCCAUAACCGCUUGGGCCAAGCUCUCAAAGAUGGCCGGCUCGGAUCGGUGAAUCGGUUCGCGCAAGCGACCGCGUGUUUCCGCUGUUUACCGCGGGUAGUAUUUAUUAUUUCGAGCUUUUUUUAGUGCUUGGCAGAGCGAUGGACCGAGCUCAGAGGAACCACGCCACUCAGAGCUCGAGGCUAGCAGCCCAUCGCUUGAACCAUACCAUAGAUUAAGUGCUGCUGUAUGUCAUCCAAAACACCUCUCGGGUAACGAAGAAUGAAACACAACAUGGCUGCGUCUCUGAGUUCACAGGAAGAGCAGCUGGUGAAGGAAUUUAUGAAAGUGGUGAAUGAACAGAGGUUGAGUCACAGUGCAGGGCCUUUGACGUGGAAUGCUGCUGUCAAAUUCAUGAUGGCCCGAAAGUUUGACAUUCGCCGAGCCCUGUCCCUGUAUGAAGCUCACGAGAUCACUCGAUAUCGAGAAGGGCUGUGCACUUUUGACCCUACAACUGAUCCCUUAAAAGGGGAACUGGAAACUGGGAAGUUCACAGUCUUGCCGACACGAGACAGUUCCGGAGCUGCCAUCACCAUGUUCACAGCGAGCAAGCACUGGCCAUUGCAGAGUUCGCACAAGGUCACCCUACAAGGUGUUGUCUACCAACUAGACGUGGCCUUGGAGAGCCUCGAAAGCCAGAGAUGCGGGAUAGUGUUCAUAUACAACAUGACCGGCUCAAAGUAUCAGAACUUUGACUACGAGCUCAGCCAAAAAAUACUGAAUCUUCUCAAGGGCGCCUACCCAGCAAGGUUGAAGAAAGUCUUGAUUGUUAACGCGCCAUUGUGGUUCAAGGCACCAUUCCGAAUACUUCGCCUUUUUGUCAGGGAAAAGCUCAGGGACAGGGUGACUACAGUCAGCCUGGAACAGCUAGGUGCACACAUUCCAUACACUUCAUUGCCUCGAGAGCUUGGAGGCAGUCUGGCUAUCAACCACAAGGCCUGGCUGCUUCAUUGUCUCAAGUCCAUGGCUAACAGGUACAACUUGCCAAGCGAGGUGUCAGUACCACUGGCCGUGCUUCCAGCCAAUCCUGUAGAGCCCGUCGAAAAUGAUGUUGCGGCAGGGGAGGUGACAGAAGAGGAGGAGGAAGAGGCCUCUUCCGCAGCACAGCCUGCGGCCAUCAAAACGCAGAACUCCGUCCAAGAGAAACAGAACUGCGAGGAACGUGAGAAGGAAGUUGAAGUCAUCAAGGAGCCUGUCAAAACUACCACAGCAAAGGAAGAGCCAGCUGAGCAGACAAGGGUUGCCGCAGCUUCACCUGAACUCGUGACCGAAGAGGAGGAAGAUGAGAAAUGUCCUUCAUCAUCAUCAGUGUCUUCAUCAUCUCAGUGGGAUGAAGGUACUACCAAUGGCGACCACAAGGAUGGAGCAAUCACAUUGGAGGAGUUUAUCAGCCAACUUCAAGUCAAAGGUCGUCGUGGCUUGUACCAGGAGUAUUCUGAACUAAAAGCAAAAAGUCCUGAGGGCACCUUUGUCACUGCAAGAGUGAAACCAAACCAGUGCAAAAACAGGUACACGGAUGUGCUCUGUUUCGACCACAGCAGAGUGGUUCUGUCCAUGAGAAAUGAAGAUGACUGCAGCACAUACAUCAACGCCAACUUUGUAGAUGGUUACCACCAAAAAAAUGCUUUCAUAUCAACACAAGGACCUUUGCCAAAGACAUACACAGACUUCUGGCGAAUGAUCUGGGAGCAGCGCUGUGCAGUAAUUGUCAUGACGACACGAACCUUUGAAAGGGGACGGGGCAAGUGCGGCCAGUACUGGCCACCUGGGGAGGCUGGUGCCUCCAUAGAGCUCGAAGACCUGUUCAAGAUCACUGUCUUGGCCAAGGACUCCAAACCAGAUUACGUUGAGACACAGCUGGAACUGUUCAACUGCGAGAGCCAGGAGUCCCGCUCUGUGAGUCACCUGCAAUUUACGAGUUGGCCAGACUACGGUGUGCCUGAUUCAGCCUUGGCCAUGCUGGCCUUUCGAGGAGUGGUCCGUGAGAAGCAGGCACAGGCAGUGGCUUCUAUGGAGCCCAAGUGGGAUGGGCAUCCUUUAGGGCCACCUAUCGUAGUCCAUUGCAGCGCUGGAAUUGGCCGUACUGGAACAUUCAUUACUUUGGAUAUUUGCAUCAAGCAGCUGGAGGAAGAGGGGAGAGUGGACGUUCGUUCCACAGUGGAACGUAUUCGUGCCCAGCGUGCGUUUAGCAUUCAGAUGCCUGACCAAUACGUCUUCUGCCACCUUGCACUGCUCGAGUUUGCCCUACUCCGUGGGCUGCUUCAAGAUGUGGCUUUGGAUGGCUUCGACGAUGACGACGACCGUGACGGCUCGGACUCAGAGUGAUUAUUUCCAUGUGGUGUUCUCCUGUAAAACUGAUUCUUUUAAUUCUCCUGUUGGAAACUUGUGGCUGUGGUCGUCAGGUCACGUCUGGCACCGAUGCACCGAAACGUUUCACUUUCCUUUUAACUUUCUAAAGUUGGGUUGAAGCGUAUGAAUGUCCAAAAUAACUAAUGUUAUACCUAUAAUUAACUCUUCAGAAGCCUGUGUGAUUUCGUGAUCUAUGAUUGAUUGUGAUUUCGUGAUCUAGGCUUUCUAUUUUGUGCAGACCAAUCGAGCGAGUUUUAUUUUCAUUCAGUCGCUGGAAUGCUUACUGAAAACUUCAAGAACACUAACCCGAGAUGGUAAGUUGCGGCACGACUUUUAAAUAGUAUACUAGAGGCAGCAUAUAAAGCAUGCACAGUGGGGAGGAAUUUCAUGGCAUUCUUUUCGCCUCUUAGCACCCCCCCCCCCCCCCUGCACACACACAAUGUGCUUGCUGCGUUGGGCGAGCUGUGCAGGCAUUGUUAGGUAACAAUGUAUCCGACUAAGGUGCCUUGCAGUACAUGCACCGCUUUCAUUAUUAAGAACUAUUUAGCAUAUUCUGCGAGAUUCGAGCCAUAUUAAAUUUUGCUUGAGCAGUAAUGCAUUCGUGUUAACACUGUCAAAGCUUCACUGAGGUUUCAUUGGAAUACGCUGGUCAUAAUCCACACUUUUGAAUUUUCCCAGAUUUGUGCAACACCCUUUAUGCAUCCUGAACCAGCGGCACAAAUUUAGAACACUGUUGUGUGUUUUAAAAGGAAGUUUAGGCCACUCGAUUACAAUGGAUUGCACUAAAUAGCAGUGCUGAAGAUAAUUGCGUGUAAGAGUGGCUACCUUCUCCAAAGAUGUGUGGGUAGUGGUUGAUACGUUCAAGAAUUUAUUUUUUCAAUAUUAGUGUAGUGCUAAGCUCUUUGAUACCUAACUGCAACAGCAGGCAUAUGGUGCCCAAAGUAUCAUAUAAAAGCUUUCAUUUUGCCUUUCUGUUCACCACAUUGUACUGUCUGAUGUGUAUUAUUCAUAGCUUUCAACACCAUUUCAGUUUUGGAUUUAGCUGCGUUACUGUGUGCCCAUUACUGAGCACGAAAUGGUGGGUAAUAGAAAAAACUAACAGAAUAUACUCAUGUGUACCAGGGUGCCAUGUUCUUACAAUUUUUUUUUUUUUUUACGUAUGUGCUAGAGUCUUUAACCUGCAAGUAUUGUGGCCUGAAUCUUCAUCAUUUCUUCUUGAGAGCUACGCCAUGUUCAUUUUUCUAUGUGCAGUCAUUGAUUACGCGGUGAAUGUGCAGUUAUGAUUUAUGAGAAAGGCAUAGCAGCUUAAUUCACCAAAACUGAGUGUAGUGGUCAAUGGUACCUAAGAAUGUUUUGUGAAACUGGGCAGGAAAUUAUCCGAUCAUUGUUAGUCAUCGUAUUCAAGGUUUUGUGUGUUGCUCUGAAGGGGCAAUGAAACACUUUUUCGAAUACGGUAAGAAAUGUUCCCGACCUUUGGCAAUGCUGUUGUGAACAUGCAAGCCAAAUAUAUAUAAUUUUUCUGCAAGCAACAGGGGACUUACAAUCUCGCAUGAUAGCCCGCUUGCUCUGUCCUGCAGCUUUGAAAACCCCCACUUUUUUUUUCUACCCUCUGCAACUUCAGCCAUUAGGUUCUGGGGGUACAGCGGCCGUUUAUAGAUGCCAGCCAUUGGGAACACACAUGCACACCCUUUCAGAUUUUCUGGAAAACGGGGAAGCAGUGGUUGGCAACAUGUCGUGCCCAUCUUGUCAUCACUUUUUUGUGUAGUUGAACUCUUGGGUGUUUGAAGGUUUACCACAAACACACCCUGGAACGAAGAAAAAGAAAGGAAGGAGCAACAGGGCAGGGCAUUGUUUUUGGUGCUGCCCCAGCUGAGAGGAACCACUGAGCUUAGGGGAAAUGAGGAAAGUGAACAUUGCGCUCUUCAUAUCUCUGUUCAUAUUAGGUCCUUUCCAAAAAUGUGUUCGGGAAUGUAAUCCUUGAAAGGCGUCAAACUCAUUUCAAGGAAAGGUGUUUCAGGGCCCUUUGAAUGUCUUUGUUUAUGUAAGGAUAUGUUAUGUUUUUCCACAUAAGCAUGAAGAAGAAACAUUUCUAUUUAUGAAUCCCAAACUAAGCUCCGAGCAAGCUCUGAUGCUGUAUCGUAUAGACUUGUGUAAGGGCCGCACUCGUGUAAGAGCCGCAACCUCAACUUGGCAGCCCAAAAUUUUGAGGAAAAAAAAUGGCUAACGAAGAAACAAUCGCAUUUGGCGCACGCGGAAGUACACAGCGCGUACUUCUGCGUGCCGCUACUAGGUGGCGAGAGCUGCGCAUUGACCUCUAAUUCAAUAGUACAUCCCGGGAUCCAGAGUGUGCACAAGUUGCUGGCUGCGCCAGCACCAUUUUGACCAAAAGGUUCAGUCCCGUGUAAAGGCCGCAUCUCGUCAGAAUUGUGAAAUGAAGUGCAGCCCUUAAUCGAGUCUGUACGGUAUUCUUGGGCGAUGACUUUCAAAGAUACUUCCACUUUUGCAAGAUUUCACGAGACUAGCACCAGACACGUUCGGUGUCUACGAGCCACAGCAUCCUUGCAAUGUGCCAUCUGUGCUAAGACAGCGUGCCAGGAACGCAAACGCUGUCGCUUGUAGUCGCCGACGCAUUCGGUGCUAGUCUCGUGAAAUCUUGCAAAAGCGAAACUAUCUCCGAAGCCGCCUGAGAAUACUUCCCCUGGCUUCUUGGGUUACACUAUCGAAAGCGAAAGGCUAAUAGUAAGUUCGUACUGGCAUGAGUUAAAUUAAAUUGGAACCAUAUGGAACAUAUUUCUAGUGGCAUCCACAUUUGCUAUUUUUCUUGCGAUGAUUCUGUUAAAAUGGCAUUCAGAGUGCAGUAGAAUGUGCUCUGAAGAACUUCAAACAGAAAACCAAGUAUAGUAAGCACACAUUUUUAAGUAUAGACAGUGAUAGUGCAAAUACAAGGAAGUGUUUAUUGAACACCUUCAGAUCUCGUUUUACAAUAUAAUGUGCUGUAAGGGUUGUAUGAAUGCUAGCAAUUUCAUAGCAGUGUCCGUGCUAUCAAAGAUUCACAAUCGGCUAGAAUAAACUAAGUAUUCCUGUGAACCUGCUGGGAAUAUGCGAAAAUGUCUUGAGUGAAAUCUGCUACAAUAUCCGCUGUCUGGUACAAGCAUGUUUUUUCAUGUUUACUAUACUUGUCAGGAAACCUACUAAAAUGGCAGCACUAUUGCUGUAUCUUGGUGUCAACAUGUCCAUUUUAAACUUGGCACUUUAAUCUCGGCUGAAAUGCAUUUCAUAAAUUAAAUCUUCAAGUAGAUACCCGAGGGUAUGCAUUCCAGCCUUGUGUGGUUAUUGUAAAGCAUGAAGUGGAUACACUGACCUAUGCUAUGCCAAAGAUACACUGGAAAUAUGUUUCAUGUGGUUGUCACUCCACUGUGCACUUACAAAUUUCUGCUUUGCUUCGUUACUAUGUACACUCAGUAUCUGUGUCACCUUUAGGAAAAAAAAAAAGCUAUAGGAAUACUCAGCAUCAAGUUCAUUAUACUUGCAACACUUUUGACAGUACUAUUCGGUUAUGCUUGCCCAAACAUCCAUCGUCCCACCCACACGUUUCUAAAUGCCAAAGUUUUCCACUGGAAGCUACCUCCGUUUGUCUGCAGUCCCUAUACUGUUUUACACAGACUGGAAAGGAAACGAGUAGAAUUGAUUUUUUUUUAAUUAGGAUUUGCCACAAGGCAUAAUGAGACAAAUGACAUUGCGGAAAAGCGUGCAGCUCUGCAUUGUGCAGGAGCUGUAGCAGUGUCUCUGAAAAAUUGUCCAUCGACCAACGUGGUGCCCCUUUCAAGUGAUAGACAGAAUGUUGAUCACUGAAAACUUGUCCCAAAGAAGAGCACAUCACAACUAAGUUUUUAUUUUUCUGCAUUGCUGACAUUGCUCCUUUAUGCAUGCAGAUUUGUUUUAUUGUAGUUAUAGCCAUUUCUAAGACAAGCUCCACAAAACUGCGAGCUUAUAUUUGACGACUAUCACUUUUAAUUUCAUUUUGCUUCCAAACAAAGCUGGCUGUUGCAGCUGUUGCUAGUGAUGUGGCACUCACUCUGUCUCUCUCGCCUAAGUCAUUGCACUUGACUGACUUCAGAAGACAUUUGCAAUGUGACUUGAAUUCUUGGAUGCAGUGCUGUGGUCACGUUGUUAGCUAAUCGUGGUUUUGCAUCUUGCUGCUAAACGCAGCGAAGAUCUAGAGUCUGGCAAUAACACUAUUAACUGUACCAAGUGCAAGCAGGCCAGGACUAAACACGAAACACGAUAAAAACAAACUAGACAUUUACUCAUCUGCAUGACACUAGCAAGAUUCAUCCACUGAUGCUGAGGCCCUUGGGGCUAGGGCAUAUUAGCGGCCUGUUACGCCAGGAAUCCACAUAACAGUUUUAAGUGUAAUGAUGUGUUAAAGCUGUUCUAUGGUCUGCCUUGUACACUUGACUCUGCUAAAAAGAAAGUAAGCUUCAGAAAGGCGUCUCUAUUGUAUACCACACCUAUUGCCGGAUGGCAUUGUGAGUCAUGUGGUCAUACUAGGUUGCAUGAAGCCAGUGUCAUAAAAUUUAUAAACGGUAGUCAAACAAGAAAUGUCUCAGCAGCCUUGGCCCUUUUGAAAACAAAACGUUGGCUCAACAGGCAUCCCUUGUUCAGCCAUUGCUGAUCAUUUCAAGUCGCCAUUUUCCUGUGAACCUCUGUCUUAUUGAAUGUCAUAAAACAAGUGUCCCAUGGUUACAGGUGCUUUCUCCUCGCUGUCUCCUUAUAGCAACGCCUAUUAUUGUCAUUGUGCAUGGUUGCGUAGUGAAAUCAAGAACUCAAUUUUUUUUUCCUAGGAAGGCAAAGGAAGAAAGGCUCUUGUGCACUCUCAUUCAGCAAACAAAAAGGCCCUUGUUUUCUUAGAUACUGAAAAACACCUUUUCAGCAAAAGGGCCAGGGUAUUUGUAGUAGCAAGGUUUAGUGUGAGCCAGUAGUUCUUGCUACCCUGCAGCUAUGCUUGGAUGCAAAGGCACUGGGACUAACCACAUCGCUGAUUUCCAGCACGUAUUACUGGCGUUACUGGCACACGUGCUGUGGAAUGCUUUGCACAUUCUUUAUUUGUGUGUAUUUCUUGAGAAAAUAUUCAAGAAACAAAGAUACAAGGGGUAUCCCUCACUCAACAAAGAAAGUAUUGCCGAGUAUGCUUGCCAGUCGGUCCCAAAAGUAAGGAUUGCAACUGUCAGCAGCCUUAGCGGUUUUAGUGGCCACCAAGCCUGCAAGCCCACUGAGCGUUGUAUGUAAAAGUGAUACAUACCUUUCGGGAUACAUACUAUUUCGGAAGAGCUCGUUGAGUGGCAGGUUUGGGACUUGUUAUGGGCCUAGAAAAUUAUUUGCCAUUGCUCUACCGCUGUGUUUUCAACAUAAUUCCUCUUUUCCAACGUUCCCCUUUUUGUUAACCUCCCCAUAGGUUUCUGCUUAUCACUUUUUCGUGUACAGUCCUCAUCAUGCUUGAGCACUUUCAUGACAUCUUCAACUGGUAAUUUCAGAACAAGCGAUGCAGUCAUGCAAGAUAGCAUUCAAGCUUUGGUUCCAGAAUGAUAUUAACAAUGAUACUAAUAAAAUUUAUAAUGCAUAUUGACACCAGUUUUUAGUCUUGUAAUAAGGCUUAGUUACUGCUAUUCAUGACCAUUGUAGUAUUUCCAGUGUAUUGUGAAAUGACCGAAGAUGCCCAUUACACAAAAAAAUACAUAAACUUCAAAGGCUUAAGAAUAAGCUCCAAUGCUUGUGUACGCCAGACUUGCACAUGUAACAAAAAAAGUAGCCGAUUAGAAUUACAGUUACUUCUUUCAAAAAUGUAAUUGAUUACACUUGCCAAUUACUGCCCCAUGAAAGUAUUUGAUCAAUUAUUAAAAAGUAAUCCAUUACUUUAGUGAUACUUUCCUUCCUAUUCUUGUUAACAUUGCACAAAUUCAGUUAAUAGAACGAGCUGACCUAGCUCUUUCUGUGCAUGCUCUUCAGCCCUUCACACGUUCUUCACUAAGAAUCACUUUUCAAAAUUUUCUUCUUCAGUAAUCUUUCCUUGUUUUCUUGUGAAGACAUCUCCAGCGACAUUGAAAGCUUGCUUGAUGUGCACGCUGGAGAGAAGGGCUGUGUUGUAAUGUAGGAACACCUUGCUCACAAGAUCGUGGUUACUCAAUGCCGCGGUGCUCAGGUCUAGGUCCUCUAUGAAGUGCAUCGCUUCAUUGUUGCAGGGGCUAGGGAGAGGUGCUCCCAGUAGGAAAAGUGAAAAACUGAAAAAUCGUCCAUAGGUGAUUCUCUGGCACCAACAUCCGAAGUGUCAAUCACUGUCGAGCAACAGAAGCGCCAUUUCAAUUUGUUGACAAACAUCUGGUGGUCCUGCUCCCGGCGCCCUUCACUCUUUAUAGAUUUAGAUUUAAAUGACUAAUUGUAAUGCAUGCCAGCAAAUGUUUACUUUCCUUAAAAAGGUAGCUAGAUCUAGUAACUAUAAAGCAGCAUAUUAUUCAGCCCUAAAAUACUGUACGUGUUACAUUCGCAAAAAUAGGCGUAUAUGAGUCUGGCAAAUAUCAAACAGAUAGAAACAUUUGCGUUUCACAGCCAUAAACUUCUGUCCAUGUCAUAGAAGUCAUUGACUGCACUAAGCGAAGAAUUGAACAGCAGCUCUUGCCACUUGUGAAGGCCGCUUAAAGGUGCUUCGAGGAGAGAGAAACUUGUAAGGUAAAAGCUGAGAGGUCGGACUUCUAAGGAAGGUGUGGAAAUCUAAAAGCCUGCCAUGUUCAGGUGAUCGAGGCGUAGCUACAGAACGCUGAUUGUGGGAAGGAGGUAACCCAUGUAUAUGUUUUCAUUCCUUUGGACACUGUAGCUCCCACCAAAUUUAAGUGCUUAAAGCUGCAUCCCCUGUUAUAGCUUGUUUUGUCAGAAAUGUAACUGGUUACAUGUAAUUAGUUACUGAAAAAAAAGGAAUUACAGUGAGGCAUUACUGAAUAAACAAAUUAAUUAUUAAACUUUGAAAUUAUCAAAACACAUGAUUGAUUGCAAGUAAUUAAUAAUUACAUGUAAUUUGUUGCAUACAAUUCUGGUGUACGCACAGCAUUGCGACACAAAGGUUGGAGCUGCAACGGCAGAAAAUUUUUAAAAAAUUAAGGAAGGACAUUCCGGAAGAGGCUUUGUGUUAAGUAUGAUGAGGUCUGAACAUUAGGUCGCGGCUCAGAUGGCCAGUGUGACAGUGUAUGUAUUGGAAUUUUUUCCACUUGAUCUAAAGAAGAGGUGUGUGUUUUUUGAUGGAUUAACACAUGGUGUAGGCAUGUCACACAUAUUGCAUAUUACCUCCUCAUGCUGCUGAUUACUUGCUAUGCGUCCCCACUUAUCAACUGCAGUCUUGAGCUGCUUAGGUUUGUAUAUGAAUGUCUCUUUGGCUUUGUGCACAUGAGAGGCAGCCACGAAAAGUAUUGCAUUGCAUUCCCAGUCUAGUAUGGCCUUGUUUUCCUGAGCACUGACAUUUGUCAUUGCCUUAGGUUACUUUGCACGCUCUUGUUUUUAAAGAUACCUUGUAAAUAUUGUAGCAUUUUAAUUGCACACGCAAGAAGCAAGCUGUUUUUCUCCAAAUGUCCCUUGUUUAUAUGUGUAUGUGUUAGCAUCCAGCUUUGCUGUUGAUCCUUUCCAUAGGGAAUGUUAUGUUCUUCCUAUUUGAGAAUUGUGUAUAUGGAUUUCUCCAAAUGCAUGUCUAUUUUUGUCUACUUAAUACAAGAAAGCCAUGACUGGAAAAGAAUCUUGUUACCUGUGUAUAACACAUGCAGUACCAAACAGUUGCAGUCUUGCACAGCGACAGAUGCUGAAAUAUCAUUCCUCUAACACAAAGCUUUAAAAAAAAUUAUAAAAUAGCGCACUCACAUCACAGCAGUGUAAAAACAAGCAUGCCCCACAAUUGCUUUAUACAGUGCAGAAAACAGCCUGGUGCUCAUCUCCAUUGUACAGCUUUCCAAUCUUUUAAUAAUGUCAUGCAAGUAUAUUCACUGACAUAUCUAGUAUGAGCACAACAUGACCAUGUAUAGAGGUGAAAUGUAUGAAGGUAUGCAUGUGCACACAAGGCAGUGUAGAUAUUGUCUGCUAGGCUGGUAUGGUAUCUUAAAGCAAACGCCAUAACUCCUAUUGCUUAUUCGGCUUUCUCCUCUAUCUGCAUGUAGCAGAAGUGCAGAAAGAAUGCGGGUUCUUGCAGGUGGCAUGAGCUACGGUAUGUCACAACCAGGACAUGCUGAAAGCAAUUCAGUUUCGUUUUGCAUGGGUGCUCAUUGCAGCGAACAAGCAAGAGAGUAAAGACACGCACUUGGGACAAAUCCUGGUUACAUACUAGACAAAUAGCAUUCGUCUUAAGUACAGCUCUUCUUGACCCUGUCAAGCUUUGCUAUGCUAAAUUGUGUUGUGUAAUGAGAAUGCAAUAGUAAUAUAGUGUUCAUACCAAGUUGAGCUAGUUGCUGGUUAUCAGCCUUAUGCAUCACACUAUAGUAUUUUAACAAGUGAUGGGCAAAGGAGGAAAAGGCGCAAAACAAAUGCUGAAUGUAUAUUGCCCAUACAGCAUUUGUCUCCAUGUGAAUCUAUGUGUAGCCCUGUCAGUUAUUAUGCUGGUAAUUUUACUGCAUAAUGAGAACAAGGCACAGCAGUCGUGUCACCUGGCUCACAGUCAGGUGCCUUGUGUACACAUAUACUCUCACUCAUUUUACCACUACUGCCUGUUGUACAUCUGAUGCUGCCCGAUAUUUUGGAUUAUAUUUGCAUAUUGUUGAAAGAUUGAAGAGCUGCAGGUCCGACAUUCUCACCAGUUAAUUUCUUGGCACAUCACAAUGGCUAAACGCCAUCCCUGUGCCGUGUCCAGCCGCUCUUGACUUGCACUGUUUGAGACUGUUCACUUUCAUCUUUUUAAUGACUGCUGCUAUAAUAACUGCUAUGAUUGACACUAUUUUUUAGUGUUUGUCGGGGACCUUGUGCAUGUGUGUGUUGUGGUCAUGUAUGUGUGUCCUUCCCCGCGUAUUAUCCUAGUCACGUUUUAGGCACGUGAAUCCUGUGCAUUUAAUACAAGCUGUUUUCUUGUCACCUGAUGUCGCUUUGCUGGUAUAUUCUGAUAUGUGCUGCUCCUUGCAUGCAUAACACCAGUGAGACAAGAAAUUUGUUUUUCUUUUUGUUCUCUCUGUUGAUGUAUUGUGCCAUUUAAAACAAUACUACUUUUCCCAUGUAUGACAGAGCUCUCAGCUUGCCAGACUGCUCUGUUGUAUUUCACUUGUAUGUGGGAUAUUUUGUUGUUGCCAUUCACAAUCUGGGUGCUGUCUCUCAGCGUCAUUUCUCUACCUCUAAUAUCUCUAUUAUUUAUCGAAAGCUUGAAAAAGCUCACCCGCUAUUAUUUAUUUCCUUCUCUCUUUGGCUUUUCAAAACUGUUCACAGAGGCCAAAAAAUGAAUACCAGCCAUCUAUUUGCAUGUUUCUAGGUGACAAAAGAAAUUCCCCCCAAAUUCAAUACACAAGCAUCCUCAGCUUGGCAGAAAUCAAGAAUGAUAUACGUAUUCAGGCAGCAGUUUAACUGAAAGGUCCCUCAGUGCCUUUAAAAAAAAAAGACACUUUUACAUCAGACAUUCUGUUCCAGUAAAGCCAUUAAUAGAAAUUUGUAUACCCAAGGUAAUUCUGGAAAAAGGGUUUUUUUUUUUUUUUGCCUGCUUUCAACCGAAGCUUAUAGCUAAAUUUAUAGCAAAACCGCAAGCAGAAAUAGAUGAUUUAAAUAAAACUGAAGAGGUUAUCCUGGCCACAGGCCCAUGUUAACAUGCUGCUCUAAUUGUAUGUUACCCUUGCAGUAAUAGUUGCAUGUUCUGCUUUCUACAUGCUUUCGAGACUUCACCCAGCCACUCGCAGAGCCAGGAAAGAGAAGUUGAAUGUCGGCCUCCAAACCAAUUCUUUUGCUUUCAGCAGUUUUUGCUAUACGAUAAGACUUCAUACAAUUUCUCAUUCUUCCCGACUUUUACAUACUUAGUUCAUGAAACCCGUUUCCAAAAGCAUAAAAUCUCAUAGCUGGUACAAAGUAUGCUUCUAUGUAUUUAUCAGGCAAUGGGGGAUAGCGAAUUUCCACAAGCACCAGUGAGUGUGUGCUGUCACUUGCAUUUGAUUGAUACAGGAGCAAACACUGCUUGCUUCUAGGAUCACAGCCCAGAGUGAAAGGUGUAGUCAGUUUGCUUUUUCAGCUGGGUGUUACAAUAGAAAAAGAAGAAAAAAAAAGCAGUGAUUGACAAAGUCAGGCUGGUACGAUUGUUGGAAAGUGUAAGGUUUCAAUAAUGUAAUUCCAUCCUUUCAAACUGGAGUUGGUCACUGCAUGCCACCUCUACUUCUUACAGCCUUGGUUGAAACUGCAAGCAACACAGUGACUGAGAAGCACAACUGUAGUGAAGCCAAAUUUCUAUAAAAACAGUAGAUUUGCUGACAUUGCAUGUUUUAAUGCUUGUGCCAAGUAAGCUAGGUCCUUUAUUUUUUAACUGCAAGUGCUAAAAUGCACCUUACACAGUUUCAGCAGCCAUGUUAGUCUUCUGUUGUACUGUCUGACAUAUUUAAUUCAAUGAUUAAUGUUUUAAUUACAUAGUGUUGGUUUCGCAACUCAUUUCAUGUGCAUGAAGCAGUCAAAGCUUCUUCUGAUACAGCCCAGAAGCUUUAUGCAGGAACUUGCUUGUACUGGGGCAGCCUAGCGGCAUCCUCAAUGACAUUAUUUGUUUUUGUUUUAUGUUACUCACUGCAGAAAUGCCAACCAAAAUGAAAAAAAGAAAAGGAGCUGUGAUGCUACAUGAGUCAUUAUUUUAUUACAACUCUCCACUUACAAACAUUUUUUUUUCUCUAUUUCAUACAACACUGCAUCACUGGUACAACUCUCGUCUUUCCAAAGAUUUACAGUGUAGUCCUGAUUGUGAAGCUCGGUGACUUCCUUUUUUUUUUCUUCUCGUUUGAGUAACAAAGCAUUUUGCUUCUCGACGGCAACACCUUGACUCACAAUCACUGUUUCAUAGUCCCUGAGCCUCUGAAAGGGGGCUCGUGUAACAUUAACACACUUUUUAUCACAUGUAGCAUGGAAAUAAAACAUAUCGUGAAAAUGAAAA